AUGUCAUCACCGCUUGCAUUUUCCAAAGUCAGUUCAUCAACAUCGUAUUCUAACCGCUAUGCUUGCUCUGGUACAGCCGAUAUCAUUUCGACAGUUGAGUUCGACCAUACCGGAAACUAUCUCGCUACUGGCGACAAGGGCGGUCGGGUGGUGCUCUUUGAACGAAACGAAACGAAAAAAACCUGCGAGUACAAGUUCCACACCGAGUUCCAAUCUCACGAGCCCGAAUUCGACUAUCUAAAGUCACUCGAGAUCGAGGAAAAGAUCAACAAGAUAAAGUGGUGCAGACGACAGAACGCCUCGCACUAUCUCCUGUCUACCAAUGACAAGACAAUCAAGCUAUGGAAAGUCUUUGAGAAGUCGCUCAAGGUCGUAGCGGAGAACAACCUCUCCCACGAUGUCACACCUGGAAGUAUUGCUGGCGGUGGGGGCGCUCCUAAGCCUCUGCCUGCUCAUCAGUUCAAGAACGCUGCCGACCUGAAGCUACCUCGACUCACACACCACGACACCGUCGUUGCCGCUGUGCCACGCCGAACAUACGCCAACGCGCACGCCUAUCACAUCAACAGCAUUUCAGUCAAUAGUGACGGAGAAACCUUUAUCAGCAGCGAUGAUUUGCGAAUCAAUCUUUGGAACCUCAAUAUUCAGGAUCAGAGCUUCAACAUUGUUGAUAUCAAGCCCGCAAACAUGGAGGAACUGACCGAAGUAAUCACAGCUGCCGAAUUCCACCCCAUGAGCUGUAACUGGUUCAUGUAUGCAAGCUCCAAGGGUACUAUCAAACUUGCCGAUAUGCGAGAGAGUGCUCUGUGUGAUCAGCACGCUAAACUAUUUGAACAAGAGGAAGACCCUUCUUCGCGGUCAUUCUUCUCCGAAAUCAUUUCCUCCAUUUCCGAUGUGAGAUUUUCGCAUGACGGCCGAUAUAUCCUAUCUCGCGACUACCUGACUGUCAAGAUCUGGGAUAUCAACAUGGAGAGACAGCCUGUAAAGACGAUACCAAUCCACGAGCACCUUCGACCACGGUUGUGCGACACAUAUGAGAACGAUAGUAUAUUCGACAAAUUCGAAGUCGUCUUCUCUGGCGACGCGAAGAACGUCAUGACAGGAAGUUACAACAACAACUUCAUGAUCUACCCUUCAGACCCCGACAAGGAGGUUGAGGUGGUUCUUCAGGCAGACAAGUCAGCCUUCAAGGCAAAGAAGGUUGGUGUGCCCACACCAAUCAACUCGUCUACGAGCCCGACAGCAACCAACGGCAAGAAGGGCGGUUCUAGAGCUGGCAGCCCAGGUGGUCAAGGUCAGCGGAUGCGUAAGGAAACAGACGCGGACCAGAUCGAUUUUAACAAAAAGAUUCUGCACAUGAGUUGGCAUCCGUUCGAAGACAGUAUUGCGAUUGCAGCCACAAACAAUCUAUUUGUCUUCUCAGCACUCUAG